AUGUACGCCCCCGUGCGCCCCCGGCCUCAGGCGGUGGCUAUCGAGACCAAGGUGGCCAACGCCGCGUCGGACCCGCUCGUCCAGCUGACCAUAUGGGCCGCGGCCUCCUUCGAGCGGCUGAGGCAACUACAGGCGCCGGCUGGUGGCGAUGGCGGUAAUGGUGAUGCUGAUGAUGACGCAUUGGAAAUGGAAUCUAUCAUCACGCUCCCCCUGAUACAGGUGCGCGGGCAUGACUGGCAACUCUGGUUCGCACGCGAUGCUCCUCAUAUACCAUCGAUCUCCACGGUCAUCUCCUCAUAG